CGAAAACGAAGCAGCUACGAAGGAAGUAUUUGCCGGGCGUGCUGAUGUCCUUUUGCGGUUGAAGCACACUCAUUUGCCAGCCGGCGACCGCAGGAAUCAGAAGCACACGACCAGAAGGAUGUGGCACGAGGCGAGGAAGCAGGAGCGCAAGAUCCGCGGUCUGAUCGUCGACUACAGAAAAAGGGCGGAGCGGCGGCAGUACUUUUACGACAAGAUCCAGGCUGAUCCCACCCAGUUCCUGCAGCUGCACGGCCGUCGGAGCAAGAUUUACCUGGAUCCCGCGGUGGCCGCCGCCGGCGAUGGAGCCGCAAUCAUUGUGCCUUGGCAGGGUCAACAGGACAACCUCAUCGAUCGCUUCGAUGUGCGUGCCCAUUUAGAUCACAUACCUCCCGUGAACAAGACAACCGUAGAUGGAGCCGAGGUGGACUCCGACCUGACCACCGAGGAGCGCCAGCUGAACUACGAACGUUAUCGUAUUUUGGCCCAGAACGACUUCCUGAACGUAAGCGAGGACAAGUUUCUGCACCAGCUCUACCUAGAGGAGCAGUUCGGGGCCAAUGCCCAGCUGGAGGCGGAGCGCAAUCUGGCCAAGAAGAAACAAAAGACUGGUGGAGCCACCAUUGGCUACUCCUAUGACGACGCUGGCGAUGCAGCUACCAUUGGCCCGCAGCCCUUCGGAGCUGCCAGUUCGACCGCCACUGGAGGAGCAGCUGCUGCCAAGGGCGACAAGGCGGAGGGCAGCGACGAAUCCGAUUCGGACAUCGAUAUGGACGUCUCAAUUGACAUCGGCAAGCUGGACACCGCCCAGGCCCACGAGCUUAACGCCUGCGGGCGCAACUACGGCAUGAAGAGCAACGACUUCUUUUCGCACCUGACCAAGGAUGCGGACGAGGCGGACGCCUUGCGCAUUGCCCGCGAGGAGGAGCAAGAGAAGAUGCUGCUGAGUGGCAGGAAGUCGAGGCGCGAGCGACGUGCCCAAAAGGAACGGAGAAUCGCCAAUAGACCCUUUAGUCCGCCCAGCUAUGCGGCCAAGGAGGACAAGGACAAGAAGGGUGGCGUCAAGGGCGGCGACAAGGAAAAGGAAGAGGACAGCGACUCCAGAUCUCCUUCUCCUGCCGAGGCGGGCCCGGAGAAGAUCACCUACAUUACCUCAUUCGGCGGCGAGGACGAGAUGCAGCCACACUCCAAGAUCACCAUCAGCCUGACCAAGCCGGGCCUGACUCUGGGAGAGUCCUGCAUCAAUGCCAGCAGCGGAGCAGCCAUUGCUGCCGCAGCAGCAGCCUCCUCGGUGUCCUAUGCGCAGAAGGUUAAGGACAACCUGCCCAAGUUGAAGGUGAUGAAUGAGUCGGCCAAGCGCAGCAGACGCCGUUCCCGCUCGCACUCUCGCUCUCGUUCCAGGAGCGGCUCUGCCUCCAGAAGUCGCAGUGGGAGUCGGAGGAGGAGUCGUCGCAGUCGUAGCUAUCAGAGAAGGAGCAGGACGCGCUCACGACGUCGACGGAGGUACUACUCCAGAUCUAGAUCCCGGUCGCGAUCUCGUUCCAGGUCUAGAUCAAGGUCUAGGUCACGCACCCGCUCGCGCUCUGGUUCUUGGAAACGCUACAAGUCGCGCAGUCCCAGCUACAAGCGGUCCAGAAAGCGCUACUCCUACUCCUCGCGCAGCUCCAGUGCAAGCUCUUACAGGCGAAGGAGUCGCUCCCGUUCCCAUUCCAGUCGUAGAAGUCGCGCAAAGAAGAAGACCACACCGCCGCCGGUGGCGACGGUUGGUGGCUAUUGCCUGAGCACCACCACCACUACCACAACAUCCACUCUGACGGCGGUGAAGCUGCUCCAGCAGCAGCAGCAGCCGCAGGUCAAGGCCAUGCCGCCCAUGAUCAGCUAUCCCCUGCCGGCACGAGUGCUCAAUCUAGGCCAACCCGGCAUCGCUGCCGCUCCCGCUGCAGUGCAACCGCAGGUUCUGGAGCCACCACCGCCGCCACUGAAACGCUACUAUGGCCGGAAGAGAGCCAACGACACUUCGUCCUCAUCCUCGUCGGGAGCGGAAAACAGCGAAGCCAGCGACAACGAGGAGCAGCCGCAACAACAGUUGGGAAAGCGAGCAGAGGAUUCCGAUGAAAUGGAAGUGGACACUGCGUCAGAGCGCUCCCAUGCCCUCCAGCCAACCAUGUCGUCAUCGAGCAGCACGGGUAAUCAAACAGGCAAAUAUAGUUCUGCUACCGAAACCAAAGGCUCUGGACAUCCGAGUUCUGGCGGCGGACGACCCAAUCUGCGCGAACGGCUUAAGCGAAAGAUGCAGAACCUACUGAACCGGCAAUAUAAAGCCGAUAAAAGGGCGGAGAUUGAGAAGACGGAACGGGAGCGACUGCAGCAGCAGGAGCGUGAAGACGAGAUGCGUGAACUGGCGCUGAAGCUGCGCAGGAGGCGCCGUGAGCUGCGUCACAAGUAUGGUACACCCUCGAGUGGAAAGCUGUCGGAUAGCGAGGCGGAAUCGGUGGCCUCGGAGAGCCAGCUGGCGAAGACCUCGACCCGUCGCAGCCGCAGCAGAUCGCACAGUCGCCGGCGGACUCCUCCGCCGGACACACAGCACAGUCGGCGGAGCAGCAGUCGAACGGAGAGAAGGCGACGCACGAGGACGCCCAGUCCCAAACACAACCGCAGGCAGCGUUCCCGCUCCAGAAGUAGCAGUCGCGUGGAGCGGAAGCGGCGUUCCAACAGCCGACGGCGCAGUGGCAGUCGCGACCGACGACGUUCCCGCAGCCGGAGGAGUCAGUCCCGGCGGCGAAGACAGCGAGACCGCAGCAUAGAGCGAAAUCGCGAGCGGGAGCGGUACAGGCAACAGCAUCAGCAGCAACAGCAACAGCAGCACGACAGGAUGCGGGGACGGGACCGCGAACGAGAUGCGGAUUACGGUUACGGCGGCAGUGGCAGCGGCUCCUCCAAUAGAGGACGCGUCGUGAUAUCCGCACCACCAAAGCUCAAGAAACUGGUCGACUACUGAACCGGAUAGCGCUGUGAAGGAGACCCUUUUCUAUUCACUUGAUUAUACACUUGAUAUUCGCUCGAUUGUUUAUAGAUGUAGGAAUCAUUUCUGGAGCGUAUUCUGCGUUAACUGUUGAUUUUGGCCCAAUAAAAUAAUUUUAGCUAUUACAGUUAAGACUUUUUAAGGAGAGAGCAUUUUUUGUACAUUUUAAUUUUACUUAUUUCCUGAUUGUCAUUUAUCAAGCGCUUGAAUUUUUAUUCCCGUACUUAAUUAGUUAUUACAAAUACAUAUUUUUCUUUGCUCCCUAAA